AUGCCGUUUAUCAAAGAUUUAUCCGAUAAAUAUCAUAUUGUAUUAGGAUCCUCAUCACCAAGAAGAUUGGAUAUAUUAACUAAUAAUAUAGGAUUGGCUGAAAUUGAAGUAAUUAUUCCCACUUUUGAAGAAAAUUUAGACAAGGGCAAUUAUAUCAAUAAUCCUUUGCAGUAUGUCCUGGAUACAUCAUAUUAUAAAGCUUUAAAUCUGCUUGAUAUCAUACAAAAUAGUAAUAAUUUUUCUACCAAUAAAAAUAAACCUGUUAUCUGUAUAUGCUGUGACACUAUAGUUACAAAAAACAAUAUCAUAUAUGAAAAGCCUUCCAGUCCUGCUGAAAAUCUUAAAAAUUUAAAAGAAUUCUGCUAUUCCAAUGGUAAUAAAAGUAAUAACAUUGUUUCUGUCAUUAGUUCUGUAGUUAUUAUAGAAAUUAACAACAAAAAUAUUAAUAAUAAUGAACAGACUUGCAUUAAAAAUUACAAGCUACACAAAUUCCAUGAAAUUACAAAUUUAGAAUUUGAUCCAGAAACACCUAUCGAAUUAAUCAAAGAUUGGGUUGAUACUGGGAAUGGAUUAAACGCAAGUGGUGGCUUCCAAAUACAAAAAUUUAGUGGUUGUUUUAUAUCUAAAAUUGACGGUGAUUACUUCAAUGUUAUGGGGUUGCCCUUUAAUAAAACUGUUAAAACAUUGUAUGAUAUUUAUAAAAAUAACUAG